AUGACCACUGAUGUUCAGUUCACCAGCGCGCGCGACCAUCCUCGCUGGCGCACCCUGCUCGAUGCUCCUGGCCACGUCGACAAGGGCAAGAAAUCAUCGGCGAAGCAAGAGGAGCAGCAAAGCCAACGGCUUGAUCAGCUCAAGCAGCGAUUCGGCAUCGCCAGCGCAAGCAACGACGCUGCUACUCCUGCCAAUGUAGCUCAAGAUGUCAAGGGCAAAUCCAGGGCAGCAUCUGAGCAUUCGACAUUGGGUCCCAACUACAGCUCACAAGAGCACACACUUCGCAAUGACUACUCGCAGCACUUUGUCGAUACCGGCGCAGGUCAAUUGCCAGGCAAUGCGGUGCGCAACCCGUGGUCGAGCUCACGUUUUCAGGAGUAUCCCAAGCUCAGACGUCUCGUCCAGCUCAAGGACUCGCUCGUCACUCGUGUCGCUCAUCCUCCGACUUACCUUCGAGCCGACUUGAGACCGUCGCUCCAACCGUUCCGCGGUACGUCCCGUGCUGCCGAUCAAUUUCAUUUGGGAUCUUUGAUCCCCGUCAAGUACGAUGUCGUCGUCAUCGACCCUCCGCUCGAAGCUUACGAAUGGGAGGCCACACCGACCGCUUCGACCUCUGCUUCAUCCACGCACAGAGCCGCAACGUGGACAUGGGAAGAGAUCGCUGCUUUGCCUGUACCGCAGCUCGCGGCAAAGGAAAGCUUCGUCUUCCUGUGGGUCGGCUCCGGCGCAGGAGAUGGACUCGAGCGAGGCAGAGAGGUGCUGGCCAAGUGGGGAUACAGACGCUGCGAGGAUAUCGUUUGCAUCCGUACCAACCAUCAGGAAAGCGACCAAGCAGGAAGCGGCACACAGCAGCCGUCGACAAGCUCCGCCUUCACACGAUCUAGCCAGCACUGUCUCAUGGGGAUUCGAGGCACUGUACGCAGAUCCACCGACGCUCGCUUCGUACACUGCAACAUCGACACCGAUGUGAUGCUAUGGUCAGGGCCCGAAGGAGGCGAUGCGGUAGACCAAGGCGAUGCAAGACAAGCGCGCAUGAAGACGCUGCCCGACGUGGUCAGCAAGCCGCCAGAGCUGUACCAGACGAUCGAAAACUUCUGCCUCGGCACGCGUCGCUUGGAGCUAUUUGGUCGCAAUGGAAAUUUGCGCCGAGGAUGGCUCACCAUCGGUCUUGAGGUCGGACCGGAUUCACCUGGGUGGCCACAAGACGGAAAAGUUGCUCUGCCAGAUGCUGGUCUACCCAUGCUCCUCGACAGCCAAGAAGAAGGCUUGCGCGAUCACCUUGAUUACUUGCAGAUACCCAAACCGUACGACAAGGUCAACUACGAUGCGAAUUUUGGCGUCGACCGACCUGGAUGUGACUUGCGCGACCGUUGCAACUUGGUUCCUUUUGUCGAAGAGAUUGACCAGCUUCGACCCAAGUCGCCGCCGCCGCGGGGCGCAAACGACGCCUUCCUUCGCAACAACAAUUUACGCCACAGAGCAGAGCCGCAAAACAGCGACCCGUUGCAGCAUCGAGGCACGGUGACCGGAAUGCCGAGCGGUCUCAGCAGCAAUCCCACGCUCCGAACCCCGCAGCCAUACUUUCAUCCCGAGCACACUAUGCCGCACGGCCAACUUGACAUUCGCCCUCGCAUCUUCUCGUUUCUCCUUUUCACGUCGUACCAGGCAAUUCGACUCAUUGCUCAAAGCUUGGCUAGAGUCGGCACCCACAGCGUAGGCGAAGUAAAUCUGCUCACCAUGCCAAGUGAUCGAAGACGCGAGUCCGACAGCGAAGCCGUCGAAGGGGUGCGUCAAGCCGAAGCCAAGAAGAGAAAGAAGACUGGGUCUGACACGCUGGUUGCUGGAACAAUUGUUCCACUUCGAACUUUGACAUCACCACUGGCUUUCAUUUGCUAUCACGACUCCACAGUUGACAAGCGCAUGUCGUUCAUCGGACGGGUCCAUAAACUCAAAUUCGACGCCAUACAUCGCCUCAUUUCUGUGGAACUCCAGUUCGACGACAUCCACCAGGUAGACGUCAUCAUAGAACGCGGCUCCUGUCUGUACCGACAUGUCUCUCGGAUCGAUGAAGUCUUGGCGAAUGGAGAGCUCUUCCUACUCCGAAAUGUUCUUCGAUGGCCAGAAACAGACGCCUCCACGAGUGCCCCGACCAAUCAGGAAAGGAUCGCCCUGAACAGUCCGCCAGCGCUCGUUUUCGACAAAUUGUCAACCUACAACAACAUCUCUAUGGAAUGCCACAGCACCAAGUUCCGUGAUAUCGAAAAGGCGAACAUAAUUCUCGACGAAGCUAUUUAUCCGUCAAGUCCCGAGAUUGAUUCUGAGAGCGAGCGUGCCUCGUCGGAUUCUCGAAGCAUGGCCCCUCCUACCUCUCUCGCCGAGAACACCGCUGUCAAGGUCAAGACAGAACCGCGCAACUCCAUCUGA